CCGGUAUCAGAUUUUAUCAUAGCAGAAAUGGCAGCAACCAACUCCCCAAGGUCCAUUCUGCUCACCAUUUUCAUCUUUGCCAUGGUUUUAUCUCCAAUGGUAUCAUCAUGUGAUGCAGCUCGAUUCACCCAACGAGAGCUUCUUCAAGAAGACGAAGGACCCAUAUGCCCUGCUUGUGUUUGCUGCUCACCUGCACCUCCAGGCGGUUGCUGCCCAUGCUGUACUUCUCCUGCAGAACCAGUGUCACCCUGAAACGCCAGCUUUGUCCCCUAAUCGUAUAUUUAUGAAUAAAACAGAAGCCGAAGGAUAUGGCAGUGUCUGCCUGCUUCAUAUGACUUUGUUCUGAAAAUAAAUUUGCAUAAAGUUCAUGCUGUAUCGUGAACUUCCCCACCUUAUGUUAUGUUCAUGUUUGUUUGGUUUAAUCAAAAUAUGGAAAAUAUAUUGAAGUCUUUGUAAUGUUUUACAAA